AUGUCGGGCAGCGCGGGAUUUGAUCGUCACAUCACCAUCUUCUCGGACCAAGGCCGUCUCUACCAAGUCGAAUAUGCAUUCAAGGCCAUCACAGCAGCGAACAUCACAUCCGUCGGCGUACGAGGCAAGAACUGCGCAGUCGUAAUCUCACAGAAGAAGGUUCCCGACAAGCUCAUCGAUCCAGCAUCUGUCUCAUAUGUCUACAAGCUGUCGCCGUCGGUGGGCUGCGUCAUGACGGGAUCAAUAGCAGAUGCGCGCGCAUCUGUCACUCGUGCACGGGGAGAAGCGGCUGAGUUCCGUUACAAGUUUGGCUAUGAGAUGCCCUGCGACGUGUUGGCGAAGCGUUUGGCGAACAUUUCCCAGGUCUACACGCAGCGGGCUUACAUGCGGCCGCUGGGAGUUGCGACCACCCUCAUCUCGGUGGACUCAGAAUUUGGUCCUCAGCUUUACAAGUGCGAUCCCGCCGGCUACUACGUUGGUUACAAGGCUACUGCGUCUGGACCAAAAGCACAGGAAGCACUAAACUUUCUGGAGAAGAAGUUGAAGAACAAGGACAAUGCCGAGGGUGAUUGGGAGGAGGUGGUGGAGCUCGGAAUCGCAACGCUGAGCACUGUGCUCAGUGUGGACUUCAAGAAGGGCGAGCUGGAGAUUGGUAUCGUGGGUGGGCCUCGAACAGAUGGCAAGGAGGGCACUGAUACGACUUUCCGGUCGCUGACGGAGGAGGAGAUCGACGAGCGCCUGUCAUCCAUUGCGGAGAAGGAUUGA